CUUCCAUGUCGCUGUCAUUCUGACGCAUGCGCAGAUGUUAGCGUCUGUUUCCCUAACCGCCCUUACUACUUUCCUCGUAGGCUUUAGUUGUGCUAAAUAACUGUAUUGUGUGUUUAUUGUGUGUUUAUUGUGUGUGUAUUGUGUGUAUUGUGUUUUUAUUGUAUGUUGUGUUUCAGUCUAACAGGCUGGAAGGUUGUCUUUUUUGUUUUUAGGCGUUCGUUUUCGCAGGAAGUGGUACGUCAUUGAUGUGGUGUACUUCCGGGUUUAUGUUUGUGUCAGACUGCUGGACGUUUUUUUCUCAGCUCCACGGAACAAAACUCUUGUUGUUUAUCAUUAAACUUUUAUCAUGAUUCACAUUUUAAUGUCCGUGUGAUUAAAGUGAACAUUUCGUGUGAUGAUGGAGUCUCCUCAGGCAGAUGAUGAUAUCUGUAUCCUGAAGCACGAGACAGCGUAUGCAGUUGAAAGCCCGGUGGCCAUGUGCUCAGGGGACGAGUCGGUCGCUUCUCAUUUCGCUCUCGUCACUGCCUACGAAGACAUCAAGAAGCGCCUGAGAGACACCGAGAAAGAGAACACACUGCUGCGCAAACGUGUUAAACAGCUGGAGGACAAGUUGUUCAGACCUGAAGCUCCUCCCUCUGAAGGGCCGCAGUACAUGAAUAAAGCAUUCAGUGCGUAUCGGGGAAUCUACAUGGAGAAGAAAGACUUACAAGCUGAGCUCAAUAAACUGAAAAAGGAGCGAGCUGAGGCUGAGAAGAUUUUAACUGAACAGCUGCAGGCAAAGGAGCUGGAACUGCUACAGCUCAGAUCAGAGAUGGAGACCAGUCAGGUGAUGAAGAGUCUGAAUGAGACGCAGGAUUACUGGCACGUUAAUCGAGAGAGCAGUGAUGUACAGAUGCACACUCUACAGGAGGAAGUGCAGAGACUCAGACUGGAAAACAACCACUUACAAACACUCUGCACCUUCCGACAGGAUGUGUCUGAGAGCUUGGUGAAAAACGAUGAGGUCCAGCAGGGGGCGCAACUAUACUGCAGGUCUGCAGUAAUGAGUGUGUAUGAGGACAUGUGCAGUGAAGUGACCCAUCUAUACACACUGGUAAAAGAUCAGAGUGAAUUGAUGAAGAAACUCAGAGACAGACCUGCACUCAGGAGAGCGGCCUCAGCUCUUCCUGUUCAGUGUUUGGAUGAUGUGGAGAAAAACCAUUCGUUGGUUCGAGCUCCAAUUCCCCGUCCCCCCAGCGCCCCACCACUCCAUGUGGCCCCACCCCCUGGUACCUCAUACGCAGAGAACUGGAAGGAGGCGUGGCCUCUAAACCGCCCCUCCCCUUUGGGAAGUCCGGCUGGCCCACCCAUUACACCUCAGAAUGCUGCUUCUUCAUUAGACGAUGACUCCUGGUCUAUCCCUGCCCACCCUUCGCCUGGCCAUGUCCCAUUCUGGGAGGAGCCAAAGUCCAACAGCACAGAGUGGUCUAAGCCGUACUGACGGACAAGUGACUCGUCCAAUCACAUCCUGCCUUAAGACCACCACCCAGACUGAGAUACCUCACACUGCUCUCAGCUGGGCUUGUACAGAACAUACACUUCCAGACAGAGAGAGAGAGAGUGUGUGUGUGUGUGUGUGUGUGUGAGUGUGAGUGUGUGUGUGAGUGUGUGUGUGAGUGUGUGUGUGAGUGUGAGUGUGAGUGUGAGUGUGAGUGUGAGUGUGAGUGUGAGUGAGAGAGAGAGAGAGAGAGAGAGAGUGUGUGUGUGUGUGUGUGUGUGUGUGUGUGUGAGAGAGAGAGAGAGAGAGAGAGAAUCCUAUAAUUGUGAUUUAGGUGUGGUAAAAGUCUGAAUUCUAUUUCCUGUGUUGUUUUUAUUCUCAUGACUGUGAAGAAAGGCUUUAGUUCUGUCAGCUCUGUUCCAAUCCUUCUUUAAUGUGCCCUAGCCCACUUCCCCUUGGCCACAUUAGGGCUGGUCCAUGUUUAUGAUGUUCUCGUGUUAAAUGAGGACUGAGUGAACAUCAGUGUGUCUGCUUCAGGAUUAAAUUUACCCAGAAGACAUUGCUGUCAUCACAAUUAAAUUAGUAAGUUAUUAAAUUGAUUAUUAUUUAAAAAAAAACCGAAAUGCUAAAGCUAGUUAACUUUGGGGUUUAUUGGUCAUUUAUGUUAGCUAAUCAUAAUUAGCCAGCUAGCAAGCUAAUAGCUCUUUUAUAAAAGUGAUAAAAACUUGUGUAGCAUUGUAGCUAAAUUACAGAAGAAAAGAGCUUUAAGCAAGUCGGGGGGCACUUACUUAUGAACACCACAUUAAAUCUGCAGCUCUCAUAUACGUGCGUGUGUGUGGUUGUUGUGAUGUGAGUCAAACAGGGUGUGUAAACAGGAAUCGGAGCACAGGGUGUGUGUGUGUGUGUGUGUGUGUGUGUGUGUAUAAAUGUUGAAACUGUGUUCACACUGACACUCCUCGUGGAAGAGUAUUAACACGAUAAGUGAAGGAACUGUGUGUGUGUGUGUGUGUGUGUGUGUGUGUGGCUCCUUACUGUGUUAUGUUUGGACGUGUUUUCGUUUCUCGGCGUUGACGUCGUGCCGAAAUGCAAUGUACAGCUGAUGGGUUUUUAUUAUUUUUUUUAGCUCAGCUCUGUUUGUAAAUAUUAAAGUGAGAUGAAUGUAA